AUGAGGAUAGAUAUCCUCAACACGGUGCGAGAAGAGAUGAGAGAUCAGGUGACGGUCAUCAUCUCGAGUCUGGAUAAUCUUAUGGUGGUCGCUACCUUGAUGCUCUCCAUAGGCUUUGGCUUUGUGGUGGAAGGCACCUUCCCACCCGCUGAGAAGGACUACGAGUAUGACGACCUGGAGAGGAGAGAGGUUUCAACCGAGCCAGUGGUGCACCGAACGAUGGCGCUGUCAAGAGGUGGAAUUGAUGCCGG